AACUUUAAUUUGUUUCAGAAAAAUAUCGAUUGUAUGCAAGUGUAUCAUUUGCAUUUUUAUUACUUGGAAUUGGAGUGCCUCUAUGGUGGCACACGACAGCAGUACCACGUGUGACACUGCCGUACUCCGGAAUCGGGGAAUUAUCAAAUCUAAAUAUCAAAAUACGCGGUAAUGUUAUAAUUGCAUCAGCUUCCGAGCAGCAUGCUCAAGUUAUAACAAACCAAAUUAAAACAGCGUUUGAAAAUUCAACGCUGUACAGCCUCAGUGUAUCAUAUGAAGUUAUAUCUAAGAAUCUUGUAAAUUCAGUUUUUACGCAAUAUGACCAUGAGAAAAUCGCUCGUACGUUUGACAUUGGAAUCGGAGAUUUUUUAUUUCUCGAAGCGCCGAAUCUUAAUGAGAUUAUUGUUGGUCAUCAUCGGGCUAUUUUCUUCCCAACAAAUACUGAUGCGUCUAAACUGGUACAAAUAUUGUCUCACAUGAUUCUUAGGGAUGAAUCACUGAUUUUGACAAGAAAUGCUAUGACAGAUCCAACAAAGUACAGCUUGGAUGAAGAAAAUCGUCGCAGAUUUCCUCCAAGUUCCACUUACGAUGUUUUACUUACAGUUGUCAAUCCAGACCCUAAAAAAUUAACAGUUAAAUGGGAUCUGUCUAAUAUAACUCGGGACUAUCUUGAGCCCUUUUUGGAUCAAUUGUCAGUCAUAGCAAAUUUUUCCGUCAAGUCGCAAUGGCUGUACUUGAUGCCGCUGGAUAUUACACCGAAGCAAAUACCCGACAGCAGUGAAUUGGGAAGACACUUUGCUUUGUCAGAGAGUAUUUUACCGCAAUUAAUAACACCGCUAGAAAAAAAAUUAGCUUCGCAAGUAAGUUUGCAUCCGUGUAUAAAUCUUGUAAUGUAUUCAGUACCUUGCGAUCAAUCACCUUUGUAUAUUUAUACCAAGAGCGGGGACAAAUCAAAAUCUGUAAACAAUGUCAAAGCAUUUUUAUCUCCUCGUUGGGGAGGUGUAGUUAUUUCAAACUCUCCGACUGACGUUUGUAAACAGGCAAUUAAAAGUAAUUACGAUAAACCUGCUGAAGUUGUUCCAAAUGCGGUAACGAUCAUGGGAGUUUUCUUGUCACAGCUGAGACUUUUAUUAGGAAUUCCAGAGCCGGAUGAUAAAAUUCCGGGGAUUAUGGUGACUCCCACGCCCGGAGAAUCGAUUCUCCGUGAAUGGGAAUUUGACGCGCUUUUACGCGUUCGCGCGAUCGAACAACUUACAUCAGCGAAAUUAACUUUACAGUCACUGGCACAGCUUUUGGAGGAAAUUAGUAAUAUUGUUAUUACUGAAACAGUCGGAAAUAGAAUAAAGACUGCUCUUGACCUUAUUCACCUGUCGGCGGAAAAAUUACUCGAUGGAAAAUUAAUGGAGGGCUUUUCUUUGAGUAAAGAAUCUUUUGUUACCGCAGAGAAAGCUUUCACAGAUCCGUCGUUAUUAGCGCUUUUAUACUUUCCUGAUGAUCAAAAGUAA